UCAAUGAAAAUCUAAACUUAUGAAUUCUUCAUAAAUUUGAAACACUUCAUCCAAAGAUAUGGUAUCCCAUGCUUCUGGGUUUGUAAGACAAUGAACAAGCUUGAGGAGAAAAUAGACUCACAAUUUCAAUAGUAUAAUCACUGAGAAUAGGCAUGAGCUUCCAUUUAGCAACGAGGCUUAUGAAAUAUUCUUUGUACAUCAAGAAGAUUUCUUAAAUAAUUUAAUUAAUUUCUCAAAAUUUCAUGUCUGACGAAGUUCUCUGUUCCAGCUAUUUUUCUCAUUGGGCCUUGUGAUGUUGUCUAAUAUUGUCUUAAAGAUCAAUGAACCAGCCGAUCUAAGAGUUUCUCUUGUUAUUAACAUUUAUCUUGUCAAUUUGUCCUGAAAUCGGAUUAAUUUAGAGUUGAAUAAUAUUUAGGUUUCACCAAAAUGUUCAAAGUUUGAAACUUAUAUUGCGUUUGCGAGCAAGAAGCAUGAAGAAUGAAAGAUAAGUCAAUUAUUUUCAAACCAAAAGUAAGUUACUCCAUUUCCUCUUUUAUUUCAUGGUAUCUUUUCUGCAACAAGAGUAAUCAACUUUUAGCAGUUUGUUUGAUUUGUUUGCUAAUCGUGAGUUAAAAUCUUUUUGUGCACAUUUUUCUAUCGAUUAUGGUCGGGUUAUGGGCAAGUAUAUCAUCCAAUUUUGAACUGCCAAUAUAUUGAAUUCAGAAGAUAGUCAUUUUGAAGCGCCGCCUCCCAAAUAUUCAGAGAUAAUUACCUCUUUAUGCUCAAUCAUGUCAAUCUGAACACAAAUUUUUAUGAAACUUAUGGAGUGAGCAACAGAGUAGUUAUUACCAGAGUCUUAUGAUUUCGAUUCUGCUGCUUAUUUAGCUGUUCGUAAGAGGAUUCAGUCCUCCUUUUAUGAAGAUGCUUAAUCAAGUUCUUGUUAAUCCAAUAAUUGUUUCCAUUUAGACCUUCAUCAUACAAAUAUUUUGAAUCGACUUUAAAUACUCUUGAAAUUAGAGAGUUAGUGAGGUUCGAUACUAUCUUGAGAAUAAGCUUGGCUCAGUUCUUAGCUAUUAAGGCCUCAGUCUAAGGAUUAGGUAAUUAAGCUAGAUUAAGCGUAUUUGCUUAACGAAUAAUAGAUCUAAUGAGAGGAGCCUUCAUAUUCAUAAUAUUCUUAUUUCUCUUUUGUUUUCUCGUGCUUUGUUGUAACUUUGCUUUUUUGUUUUUUACUUACAAUGGAGCUGGACAAUGAGUCCGAUAGAGUAUCUCUAAGCUUGACAGGUCUGUAGAUUGUUCUCUGGCAUGGCCAAAAUAUAAAUCCUCUGUUUUUGUUGCCUUUUUGAGUUAAAAACUGUAAUAAAAUUAAUGAUGAUUUGUCUUCGCAAAAUAGCUCCAUCAUGAAUCUAUCAGGCUUGAACGUAUCCUUAAAAGCUGAUUAAAUCACUUACAAGUUGGUAUGGUAAACAUACCAGGCUGGAGACAAGCAUACCUCAAAAUAAAGAUACAGCUAAGAGAUGGCAAGCACCCUUAUUAUUUGAAUCAUGUUAAAACUGAGCAUCAAAUUUCAAAGUAGAUUGACUUUGAAACAAAUAGAUUUUGGAUUUUCAAAGUUUUUGUUCUGACUGUUGACCUCUAUCUCUUAUAUUGUCAUUCAAUCUUGAUCAGACUUAGUCAUAAUAAGACUUAUUGCAAUCUCGACCAAAUUGUGAAGUGUUAUGAAUAACCUAAAAUAAUGUGAGUAACUUUUCGAAUUUCGGUUCUUUUGUAGGAAUCGAAAAGUCAUAAAUCUUCUCAAAAUUCAAAAAAAAUUUAAAACCUGUAAAUGGUGAAACCUCCAGACGCUCUAGCAACUUGAAGUUGUCUGAAAUUAUACCAAAAUAGUCAGGAGAUCUUAGUUUAUGUUCAUUUUUAUCAAAGUGGGAGUCUGAUCAACAUUAAUAGAUUUGACUCUGCAAUACUUCAGUCAAUCGAUAUCUCCCAUAUGCUGAACUUGAACUUGACGUAAAGAUUUGUCAACCAAAUUUCAGAGUGGAGGAUGGAGAAUCAAAGAUGAGACUUUCGAUUAUAAUAAACUUCUGUGAAUUCACUGAGGCCAUAACUAGGAGAUCAUUAUUUUGCAUAUAUUCUAAACGUUUCAC